AUGGCACCCAUCCGUUCGGCUGUCUUUGCGACGCUGCUCAUGAACGAUGCCUAUCUACCAGGCGCUAUGGUCCUGGGCCAUUCUUUGAAAGACAAAGGUGCAAAAGCUCCCUUGGUAGCUUUUAUUCUGGCAGACAGAUUGUCGUCUGAUACCAUCACCGAGCUUCGAACUGUCUACGAUGAAAUCGUCCCGAUCCAGGAGAUCAAAAACAAAAGUCCUGCCAACCUCUACCUCAUGAACCGGGCCGACUUAAUAUCCUCCUUCACGAAGAUCGAGCUAUGGCGGCAGACUCAAUUCAAGAGGAUAGUGUACCUGGAUGCAGACAUGGUGGUGCUGAGAGCUCCUAACGAGCUUCUCAGUCUUGACACAAGCUUUGCGGCAGUCCCAGAUAUUGGUUGGCCCGAUUGUUUCAACAGCGGUAUGAUGGUGCUGAAUCCCAACAUGGCCGACUAUUAUUCUCUUUAUGCAUUGGCACAAAGGGGGAUCAGCUUCGAUGGAGCUGAUCAAGGUCUCCUCAACAUGCACUUUCGCGAGUGGCAGCGAUUGAGUUUUGUGUACAAUUGCACACCCAGCGGGCAUUAUCAAUAUGUCCCUGCGUACCGACACUUCUCCAGCAAUAUUGCAGCAGUGCACUUCAUCGGUAAAGACAAACCGUGGACGUUGGGAAGAGAUAACAAGCUUAAUGCGGGCGUCUACGGGGAGCUUCUGGGGAUGUGGUGGUCUGUAUACGACAGACACUACCGGCCAAAGACGGUCACUUACUACGACGCCCAAACCUUUGAUUCCUCCAAAAAAGUUCAAGACUACGUUCGUGGAGAGGAACCUUUGUAUGUGGUGGGCUACUCGAGUAGCCAGCCAGGCUCGGGCCCGGUUCCGCAGCCCCAGCACCAAUACCACCACCCUUCAGAACCACAUCAAUACCAGGAACCUCAGCAUCCUCGUCACAACGAAAACCAGCAGGGCCAACAGCACCAUCAAGAGCAACAGCACCACCACCACCACCAUCAUUAUCCGGCGUCCGAGCAGACGGGGCAAAUUCCCUUACCUCCAGAGAUCCAGGUAUCCCAUCCUCAAACGGGUCACACGACCUCUGUAGAGUUGCCAUUGGGCGAUGCUCCUACUCCCAAAGCCCCAUCUGAUUUCCACCCUGUUCCGACCGUCGAGCAGAGGCGAUUCUCAGCACCCCAUGCUGAAUGGGAUCCCGCACGAGAGCCUCCACCAGCGCACUCGAAACCAGAAGCUGCCAACUUCCCAACCACGAUCUAUGACAUGUCGAGCGAGACCACGCUUUUCCAGCCGCCUGCUCACUACCCAGAAGCGCCCAAGGAUAUGUGGUACCAGGUACCCGAGAAAAUGCCCGAACCCGAGAAACCGAAACCGAUUUUUCCCUGGGAGACGAGGGCACCCAAACCGACCCGCGUGUUCCCUCAACCGAGACAGCCUAGCCCACCCCCACCGCCGCCACCGGACGCGGCACCCGUCGUCCCCGAGGAGGUGACAACUCCUUCAGCAACGACCGACGUCACUGCAGCGACGGAAGAAAGCGUGCGCACACCGCCUCAGGCGCCCGUCGACCUCUGGGCGGCGUUCCAGCAACGGACCAAUGCAUGGGACGACAUGCCGGAAAUAGAACGCUACGUGCAGGCCAUCAGCCAACCUCGCAAAGGCAAAAUACAAGUCCUGUAUAACACCCUCGGACAGCGCUCACCUCGUAACACCAGCGGCACCACGACCCCCACCGAGAAAGACCGACGACGGCCCAGCAUCAGACUCACCGACUUUCCCACCAAAGACGAGCGUCCGAGCUUACCCGUGACCCCGGCGCCGAUCCGACGACCAUCGUUUUGGGGCGAGGAAAAGGACGAGGAAGGAACUCUGCCGAACGCGGAAGGAGUACCAAAACAAGAAGAAUGGGUGCGUCGAUUCUCCCACUACCCUCAGCCUGAGUUUCCUGCUUCACAUCCCCCAUCGCAUGAAUUUGAUGCGCGUCUUGAUUUGUACUGGAGAUGCCAAUAUUGUGGCAAACAGAACCCGAUUACAAAGUUAGAACAGCUGCAGUUGAUGCAGAGUGAGGCAUUAUUGUCGCCUCAAGGGACGCGGGAAUUGACGCAGGUGGUGGAGCCCCCUUUAAGAAAGAUGCCAGAGAGUGCGACGAAGGAAGAGGUGGAGAAAGCGGUCAUCUCUCAUAUAUCACCAACAAAAGUACCCAAGGCACCUAAACCCAUAUUGAAACCCCCUCACUUUGAACUGGGGCAAGAGCCUGUGGACCCAGUCGAGACCCCGACCAGAGGUGGUCGUCCAGAGAACGGUUCGCCUCAGACUGUGCAAGCAGCCGGAGCGGAAGAGGACUCGGUUGAUCCACUGUCCCAGCCGGCUGCUGAUGGGGAGGAGAUGCCCCCCGAGCGCGAAUCAAGAGCCGUUGUGGCUCCCACGACAGCAUGA